AUGUUUUUGGCCUCUGCUCUCCGGUCCAUCGUGUCACAAACGGCCAGACAGGUGAAAGGUCUGCAUCGGUCGGCUGUAAGAGCUGGAGCUGGUGGCAUCUUUGUGCACAGAGACACGCCUGACAAUAACUCUGAAACCCCAUUCGAAUUCACUGAGGAGAACAAAAAGAGAAUUGAGGCAAUUAUUUCAAACUACCCGCAUGGACACAAGCAGGCAGCUACCAUCCCAGUGCUGGAUGUUGCUCAGAGACAACAUGGGUGGCUCCCAAUCUCAGCUAUGAACAAGGUGGCAGAGGUGCUGAAAAUUGCUCCCAUGAGAGUGUAUGAGGUGGCCACGUUCUACACCAUGUUCCUGCGGCAGCCGGUAGGAAAGUACUUCAUCCAGAUCUGCACCACCACACCGUGCAUGCUCUGCAACUCCGACAGCAUUCUCCAGGCCAUCCAGAACAAGUUAGGUAUCAAAGCGGGCGAGACUACAGCAGAUAAGAUGUUCACUCUGCUGGAGGUGGAGUGUCUGGGCGCCUGUGUCAAUGCUCCUAUGGUCCAGAUCAAUGACAACUACUACGAAGAUCUGACGCCCCAAGACAUAGAGAAUAUUAUCGAUGAACUCCAAGCCGGCACCGUCCCUCCACCAGGACCACGGAGUGGGCGCUUCUCCUGUGAGCCAGCUGGAGGACUGACCUCUCUAACAGAACCUCCCAAAGGACCUGGGUUUGGUGUAAGGGCAGAUUUGUAG